CAAACGGACGUCUCUUCAAGGAGCCAUGGCUCUCCAAGUCUUCCAACUACCGCCUGAUUCCCUAUACCGCCAGAUUUCGAUUUCAAAUCCUUCACUUUCUGUACAUAUUUCCUUUUGUGUUGAAGAACAAGAACCCUAGCAAUCCACCAAAACAAAAUCAGUUUUCCAUUCAACAGCACUUGCAGGCUAUGAGCAGACGAGGCUCAAUGAUAGCCUUCUCCCAAUUAAUAACCUAUAUGGCUUCCCUUAAAUCUAAUUGUGCUUACCCACCAAAGUCUUUGACGAUCUCACGUUUUUACAUUUUCAAGAAUUCUUUCCGCGUAGAUUUCCGCAGCAGCAGCAGGUGCAUCAGUAGCUUUCCACAAGAUGAUCUUGAGGGAUUAAACGAUUCUUAUUUUUUGGCCCCAGAUGAUGCAGCUUGUUCAGUUCAAGAGAACAACAGAAAAAAACAGCCCGUUUCACCUCAAGAUUUCGCCUUUUUGCAGGAUGCAGUUCAUAGCUCGUCGAGUAAGAGUUUUGAUUCGGGUAAGUUCUCUGAUGAAGCCAUACUGAUAUCAGAUGCAAUUAGAGAUAAUGAAGACGAUUUUGGUGACAAAACUCAGAAAUUUCUUAGGCAAUUCAGGGAAAAAUUAAAUGAUUCUCUGGUAAUUGAGGUGUUGAAACUUGUACCAAGUCCUGAAUUGGGUGUCAAGUUCUUCAUUUGGGCUGGUCGACAAAUUGGGUAUAGCCAUACAGUUGGAGUUUAUCAUGCUCUGCUUGAUAGAUUGGGUUUUGAUAAGAACAGUAGAGUCCCGGAACAUUUUCUUAGAAAAAUUAGAGAAGAUGACAAAGAAAUUCUUGGUAAUUUGCUUAAUGUUUUGAUCCGAAAGUGUUGCAGAAAUGGGUUUUGGAAUGCAGCACUUGAGGAGCUCGGGAGGCUAAAGGAUUUCGGAUAUAAACCUUCAAAAUCAACAUAUAAUGCCUUAAUUCUGCUUCUCCUCAAGGCUGACCGAUUGGAUACAGCCUAUCUUGUCCAUAGGGAGAUGUCUGACUCGGGUUUUAAUAUGGAUCGGUUCACCAUGGGUUUUUUUGUUCAGUCCCUCUGCAAGGCUGGAAGGUGGAGAGACGCUCUCAGGAUCAUUGAAGAGGAAGAAUUCGUUCCUGAUACUGUGAUUUACAAUAAAAUGAUAAGUGGGUUGUGUGAGGCUUCUCUUUUUGAGGAAGCUAUGGAUUUUUUGCAUCGCAUGAGGACCAAUUCUUGUGUCCCUAAUGUCGAAACAUUUGAAACGUUGCUUACUGGAUGUUUGAGGAAAAGACAGUUGGGUAGGUGUAAGAGAAUUCUUAGCAUGAUGAUCACAGAAGGCUGUUAUCCAACUCGUUCAAUAUUUAAAUAUCUUGUUGAUGCUUAUUGCAGAACAGGAGACUACAUCUAUGCCUAUAAGUUACUCAAGAAGAUGGUGGAUUGUGGUUACUUUCCAGGUUAUGUGGUAUACAAUAUCUUGAUUGGAGGUAUUUGUGGAAAGGAGGAAUUACCCAGUUCUGAUAUAUUGGAGCUUGCUGAAAAAGCUUACUGUGAAAUGCUUGAUGCAGGUUUUGUGUUGAAUAAGGUAAAUGUAGGGCAUUUUUCUCGUUGUCUUUGUGGGGUUGGAAAAUUUGAAAAGGCUUUUUCAGUUAUUCGUGAAAUGAUGACCAAGGGAUUCAUACCUGACAUUAGUACUUACUCCAAAGUGAUUGGUUUUCUCUGUCAGGCCUCCAAAGUUGAGAAGGCUAUCCUUUUAUUUGAAGAAAUGAGAAAAAAUGGUAUUGUCCCUGAUGUCUUUACUUACACUAUUCUAAUCGAUAGUUUUUGUAAAGCUGAUCUCAUUGAACCGGCUCGCAACUUAUUUGAUGAAAUGGUAAGAGAUGGUUGUGCUCCUAAUGUGGUGACAUAUACUUCUCUUAUACAUGCAUAUCUUAAAGUAAGGAAAGUAUCUAACGCGAACGACCUUUUUGAGAGGAUGCUAUCAGAGGGUUGUAUUCCAAACAUUGUUACAUACACAGCUUUGAUUGAUGGUCACUGCAAGGCUGGGCACGUUGAGAGGGCUUGCCAAAUUUAUGGAAGAAUGAGGGGUAAUUCUGAUAUUCCAGAUGUAGAUAUGUACUUUAGAAGUGAUGGUAGCAAUCUCAUUAAACCAAAUGUUGUCACUUAUGGAGCUUUGGUUGAUGGUCUAUGCAAGGCCCACAAAGUGGGCGAGGCUCUUGACUUACUAGAAGCAAUGUCAAAGUCAGGUUGUGAGCCUAAUCAAAUUGUAUAUGAUGCUCUUAUUGAUGGCUUUUGCAAGGUUGGGAAGCUAGAUGAAGCACAAGAGAUCUUUACAAAGAUGUCAGAAAAUGGGUAUAGUCCAAAUGUUUACACUUAUAGCUCUCUAAUUGAUAGGUUAUUUAAGGAUAAACGAUUAGAUCUUGCCUUGAAGGUCUUAUCUAAGAUGCUAGAAAAUGACUGCCCUCCAAAUGUGGUUACCUACACUGAAAUGAUUGAUGGUCUUUGUAAAGUUGGGAAGACUGACGAGGCUUAUAAGCUUCUGGUGAUGAUGGAAGAGAAGGGAUGUUGUCCCAAUGUUGUGAGUUAUACUGCAAUGAUAGAUGGCUUUGGCAAAGUGGGUGAAGUUAACAUGUGCCUUGAAGUCUUGAGAAAGAUGGAUGCUAAGGGUUGUGCUCCAAAUUUUGUCACAUAUGGUGUGUUGAUAAAACAUUGUUGUGUGGCAGGCCUUUUGGAUGAAGCUCACAAACUUCUAGAGGAGAUGAAACAAACCUAUUGGCCAAGAUAUGUAACAGGCUAUCGCAAAGUCAUUGAAGGUUUCAGCAGAGAAUUUAUAGCUUCACUUGGCCUCCUAAAUGAGAUUACAGAGAGCAAUACAAUGCCAAUUGCUCCAACUUACAGAAUUUUGAUUGAUUGCUUUUGUAAGGCCGGGAGAUUAGAGGUAGCAUUGGAGUUAUAUGAAGAGAUGUUGACAUCUUCAGUAUUUUCAUGUGCUGACAGGACUACUUAUUCUUCUUUGAUAGAAAGCCUCUCCCUUGCAUUGAAGGUUGAGAAAGCUUUUGAAUUGUAUGCAGAUAUGACAGGGAGGGGUCACAUUCCAGAUCUAAGUGUCUUCUUUUACCUUAUUAAAGGUCUCAUUAAGAUAAACAAGUGGGAUGAAGCACUUCAACUUUCGGAUAGCAUAUGUCACAUGGACAUCUAUUGGCAUCCUAGGGAAGGGACUAUUAACCAGAGCUAGUUAAUUUAUUUGCAUCUAGUUCCUUACCUAUGACCAUCAGAGGAGCUACAUGAGAAAUGAAUGUGGUGGUCCUAGAUUGGUACCUGCCGUUGAGAUAGGCAGCUUUUAUCCAGUGAAGAAACAUGAAGUUGCAAAGUGGUCCUCCAGCUGGCUCAUUCUUUUUCAACCACAUUUUAAGAAGAUAUUGAAAUGAUGUGGCAUCUAGUGUUAUUUUUCAGCCAGCAGAAGUAAAGCUCUGUCCUGGGGAUCGCUGCAACCACUAAAUCUGAUGUGCAGCUCAACAUUAGCAUGCUAGAACUUAUCUUUGCUAGAAGAGGGUGCUGCUGGAACUGAUUUCUUCCGUGCUCCUUACUUCUUGUGGGAAGGGUAUCCAUUGGCAUCGUAGUGAAGAAAAUUUCAACAGAACAUCCGCUUUGUGGCCAUUUCAGCAUUUUUCUGGUGAGCCUGAGAUAUGGUUAUGGCACGUGGAUUCCUAGUAUGCUAUCCACGAAGAAUCAGGUAUAUUGAUGUGCAACCAAUGGUUUACAUUUGUAGUUGAAAAGCUCAAAUGUUAACAUAAGAAUGAGUUGGAUUGCACAAGGACAGUCAAUUUUUUGAUUUUCCAGAUCAUAAAUGAGGAA